AUGGGGUUUGGUAGAGGGCUGAGGGUGCCAUUAUGGGCCCUAACGUUAAUGGUCUGCAGCAUCCAACAGAAAGCUUCUAGCACAGAAGGUGUACCUGGAAAGGUUACCAUCAUCCCACCAUUGACGACAACACCAGUAAUAACAUCCUUCAACUCAGCUCACAACAGGCACAUCUGUAGCACGUGGGGCCACUUCCACUUCAAGACCUUUGAUGGGGACAUCUAUCACUUCCCCGGGACCUGCAACUAUGUCUUUGCCUCCCAUUGCAACACUGCUUUUGAGGACUUCAACAUCCAGAUCAGGCGCACAGUGGUGGGAAACACUCCCACAAUCAGCUCUGUCACCAUGAGGCUGGAUGGGAUAGAUUUUGAAAUGGAACCAGAUACCAUUGUGGUGAAUGGUGAAAGGGUUCAGCUGCCUUACAGUGGAACAGGUUUCAAUAUUGAGAAAUUUACCGUCUAUAUGAAACUGACUGUCAAGUCAGGCCUAACCUUAAUGUGGAAUGAAAAAGAUAGCCUAAUGCUGGAACUUGAUGAAAAAUAUGCCAAUCAGACCUGUGGGCUUUGUGGGGAUUUCAAUGGCAUUCCAACAUACAAUGAGUUCUUUUCAAACAGUGCCCAGAUAACUGUUUUGCAGUUUGGGAAUAUGCAGAAGCUGAAUGGGCCAACAGAAGACUGUGAGGAUCCUACACCGUCCUCUCUGAGCAACUGCACUGAUGAAUAUGAUGUUUGUCAACAAGUAUUAACUGGCCCUUCAUUCUCUGAGUGUAAUGCUCUGGUGGGGGUCGAUGACUACAUUGAAUCUUGUGUACAAGACCUGUGCAUCUGUGACCAAGCUGAUGUAACCUCCUGUCUCUGUAACACUUUUGCUGAAUAUUCCCGGCAGUGUGCUCAUGCUGGCGGGCAGCCCCAGAACUGGAGAACCCCAGACCUUUGCCCAAUGGCAUGCUCUUUCAACAUGCAAUAUCAGGAAUGUGGAUCACCCUGUACUGACACUUGCACCAACUCUGAAAGAUCUCAGCUGUGUGAGGACCACUGUGUGGAUGGCUGUUUCUGUCCACCAGGAACUGUAUAUGACGACAUCAACAAUGCUGGCUGCAUCCCCCUUGAGCAGUGUUCCUGUGUUUACAAUGGCAAAUCCUAUGCUCCAGGGACAACUUAUUCAGACAACUGUCGUUCCUGUUCCUGUGCUGGAGGCCAGUGGAGCUGCACAGAACUUCCAUGUCCAGGCAUUUGCUCAGUAGAAGGUGGAUCACACAUCUCCACUUAUGAUGAAAAACGUUAUAAUGUCCAUGGAGACUGUACUUACGUUCUUUCAAAGUUUUGUGAAGAAGACACAUUUACUGUUCUUGGAGAACUCCGCAGAUGUGGCCUGACAGAGACUGAGACAUGCUUAAAGAUGGUGGCCCUCAACAUCAAUGGAGGGCAGACUAGCAUUGUGGUCAAGCCUAAUGGUGCUGUAUUUGUCAACUGGCUCUACACUCAGCUGCCUAUCUCAGCAGCUAAUGUAACCAUCUUCAGACCUUCAUCUUUCUUCAUCGUGGUGCAUACAAACUUUGGCCUUCAACUAGAAAUCCAGCUCAUACCCAUUAUGCAAUUGUAUAUUCAUCUGGAUCCAUCUUUCAAAGGGAGGACCUGUGGGCUCUGUGGAAAUUUUGACAGCCGCCAGAUAGAUGACUUCACAGCCAUAAAUGGAGUAGUGGAAGGAACAGCACCUGCAUUUGCUAACACCUGGAAAAUUCAGGCUGCAUGUCCCAAUAUCAGACAGAAUUUUGAGGACCCUUGCACGCUUAGCAUUGAAAAUGAAAAGUACGCCCAUCAUUGGUGUGGAUUGCUGACUGACUCUGAAGGACCUUUUGCUACAUGCCAUCCCUCAGUGAAUCCAGCUGCUCAUCACACGAAUUGCAUGUUUGACACCUGCAACUGUGAGAGAAGUGAGGAUUGCAUGUGUGCUGCCCUCUCCUCCUAUGUCACAGCCUGUGCAGCCAAAGGAAUUCAACUUGUAGGAUGGAGGACCAAUGUCUGUUCCAAAUACACCACUUUGUGCCCCAAAUCCCUGAAUUACAGUUAUACUAUCCAUUCCUGUCAACCUACCUGCCGAUCCCUGAGUGAACCUGAUGUCACCUGCAAUGUCAAAUUUGUCCCAGUUGAUGGAUGCACAUGUGAAAGUGGAACCUACAUGGAUGACUCUGGAAAAUGUGUGCCUGCUAACAAAUGCCCCUGCUAUUACAAAGGAACGCCUGUCCUCUCUGGUGAAGUGCUCCACGACGUUGGUGUCUUGUGCACAUGUAGCCAAGGAAAGUUGAACUGCAUUGGUGAUGGUGACUCAAAGCCAACCUGUAUUGCCCCCAUGGUCUACUUUGACUGCAGAAAUGCCACUGUAGGCAGCAUUGGAGCUGAAUGCCAGAAGAGCUGCCAGACCCUUGAUAUGCACUGUUACAACACACAGUGUGUCUCUGGCUGUGUGUGCCCUACUGGGCUGGUGUCAGAUGGUAAAGGGGGCUGCAUCCCUAAGGAAGAGUGUCCAUGCAUUCACAAUGAUGCCACUUAUCGGCCAGGAGAGAAGAUUAAAGUCGACUGUAACACCUGUGUAUGUAAGAACAGGAUGUGGCAAUGCACCAAGGACAGGUGCUUAGGUACCUGCGCUGUUUAUGGAGAUGGACAUUAUAUCACCUUUGAUGACAAGCGUUACACUUUCAAUGGGAAGUGUGAAUAUACACUAGUCCAGGAUCACUGUGGACAGAACAAUUCCAUCCAAGGAACAUUCCGAGUCAUCACUGAAAAUCUUCCCUGUGGCACCACUGGAACCACUUGCUCGAAAUCUAUUAAAGUGUUCUUCGGGAACUAUGAGCUGAUACUCAGUGAGGAGCAUCAUGAAUUGGUACAAAGGGGUGAUGGAGGCCAACUACCUUACAAAAUUCGCUACAUGGGCAUGUAUUUGGUUAUUGAGGCCAACAAUGGGCUGAUCCUCUUAUGGGAUAAGAAAACCAGCAUAUUUAUCAAAUUAAGUGCUGAUUUCAAGGGUCAGGUCUGUGGCUUAUGUGGGAACUAUGAUGGCAAUGGAAUUAAUGACUUUACUACCCGGAGUCAGUCUGUAGUAGGUGAUGUGCUGGAGUUUGGAAACAGUUGGAAGGUGUCUCCCUCUUGUCCUGAUGCCAAAUGCACAAAGGAUCCUUGUUCCAAGAACCCAUACAGAAAGUCCUGGUCACAGAAGCAAUGCAGCAUUAUCAACAGUAAGGCCUUUGCUGCCUGCCACUCUCAGGUUGAACCAACAAAAUAUUAUGAAGCUUGUGUAACUGAUUCCUGUGCUUGUGACACUGGGGGAGAUUGUGAAUGUUUCUGUACAGCUGUUGCUGCCUAUGCUCAAGCAUGUAGUGAAUUUGGAGUGUGCAUAUCAUGGAGAACACCAUCAUUCUGUCCAAUGUUCUGUGACUAUUACAACACUGAAGGAGAAUGUGAAUGGCACUACAAGCCUUGUGGAGCCCCAUGCAUGAAGACAUGUAGGAAUCCAAGUGGCAGAUGCCUUUAUCAAUUGCCUGGCUUGGAAGGCUGCUACCCACACUGUCCAGCAGAUAAGCCCUAUUUCAAUGAGGAUGAAAUGAAUUGUGUUGAUGUUUGUGGCUGUUAUGAUGCUCAGGGUAACUAUCAUCCAUUAGGGAAAACCUUUGACUCAAGAGAGACAUGUCAGUCAUGUGAAUGCACCAGUACAGGCAUAGAGUGUAGCUACGAUGCCAAAGCAUGCUACUGCUAUUAUGAAGGAAAGACUUAUAUCUACAAGGAUGUCAUCUACAACACCACAGAUGGCUUGGGCUGGUGCAUGAUUGCAACCUGUGAUGUCAAUGGAACAAUCCACAGAGAACUCUACAAAUGUGGUGGUACUACCGCACCACCAUUUACAUUCACAACCAUUUCAUCCACACCAUCAAGUGUAGCAGAAUCAACGACACCAGAAACAACAGCAUGUGUACAUAAAAUAUGUGAAUGGACAGAAUGGUACGAUGUUAGCUACCCAAAAGUUGGAACAAGCAAUGGGGAUUACGAAACACCAGAUAACAUAAGAGCAAAAGGACACAAUGUAUGUAAAAUGCCAGAUGAAGUGGAAUGCAGAGCUCAGAACUUUCCUACUGAAAAACUAGAUUCCCUUGGUCAAAACAUACACUGUUCUAAAACUAAUGGUUUGAUUUGUAACAACAAAGAUCAGAUUCCACCAAUCUGCUACAAUUAUGAAAUCAGGUUCCACUGCUGCCAGUACAUACCAUGUGGGACGUCAACACCCAUAUCCACUAGUACAAGCACUCCAGAAACAACAUCUACAUCACCAGCAAUCACACCGAUAAUAACAACAGGCAAAACAACAUCCAGGGUCACAGCUGGCACAACAACUACUAUGCCACAUCUAAUUUCCACUACGCCAGAAAGCACCUCCACCAUUUGCCAGCCCAAAUGCCAAUGGACCUCUUGGUAUAGUGAGCACAAUCCAAGUUCCAGUCCAGGUGAUGGCGAUAUUGAGAAUCCUGAUAAGAUCCGAGGAGCCGGAGGCAAUGUCUGUGAGCACCCCCAAGACAUCGAAUGCAGGGCCGUAGACUACCCUGAGCUGAGCCUGUCUCUCCUUGGACAGAACUUGCAGUGCAACACUGGUGUCGGACUCCUCUGCAAGAAUGAGGAGCAGACAGGGAAGUUCAAGAUGUGCUAUGACUAUGAGGUCAGGUUCCUCUGCUGCAACUACAAGCACUGCCAAACAAGCACAACGCCACUGGGUGUAACAACUACCACCACCACAGAAACACCAAGCAGCACUCCGGGCAAGACCACACCUCCAGCAUCCUCCACAGGCUCCACGCCACCUCCUCUUGCAUCCACCACCACCCAGAGCACCACAGUUCUUUCCACAACUCCAGGAGUAACAAGCGGAAAGCCAGUGACCACCACCCUUUCAACUCCCCUUACUACUAUUCUAGUCACAUCACCACCCGAGCUCAGCACACCUUCUGCCACCACCGGAGAGAUCUCCACUGUGACAGCCACAUCUCUCCAAUCUACCCCUAUUUCCAAACCAACGUCAACAAUACCCACCACCGGGACCACUUUGCAGUCAUCUACAGUGCCUGUUGUCACUACGACUACUCUGCCUCCUGCAGUUUCCACUACGCCAGAAAGCACCUCUACCAUUUGCCAGCCCAACUGCCAAUGGACCUCUUGGUAUAGUGAGCACAAUCCAAGUUCCAGUCCAGGUGAUGGCGAUAUUGAGAAUCCUGAUAAGAUCCGAGGAGCCGGAGGCAAUGUCUGUGAGCACCCCCAAGACAUCGAAUGCAGGGCCGUAGACUACCCUGAGCUGAGCCUGUCUCUCCUUGGACAGAACUUGCAGUGCAACACUGGUGUCGGACUCCUCUGCAAGAAUGAGGAGCAGACAGGGAAGUUCAAGAUGUGCUAUGACUAUGAGGUCAGGUUCCUCUGCUGCAACUACAAGCACUGCCAAACAAGCACAACGCCACUGGGUGUAACAACUACCGCCACCACAGAAACACCAAGCAGCACUCCGGGCAAGACCACACCUCCAGCAUCCUCCACAGGCUCCACGCCACCUCCUCUUGCAUCCACCACCACCCAGAGCACCACAGUUCUUUCCACAACUCCAGGAGUAACAAGCGGAAAGCCAGUGACCACCACCCUUUCAACUCCCCUUACUACUGUUCUAGUCACAUCACCACCCGAGCUCAGCACACCUUCUGCCACCACUGGAGAGAUCUCCACUGUGACAGCCACAUCUCUCCAAUCUAUCCCUAUUUCCAAACCAACGUCAACAAUACCCACCACCGGGACCAAUUUGCAGUCAUCUACAGUGCCUGUUGUCACUACGACUACUCUGCCUCUUGCAGUUUCCACUACGCCAGAAAGCACCUCUACCUUUUGCCAGCCCAAAUGCCAAUGGACCUCUUGGUAUAGUGAGCACAAUCCAAGUUCCAGUCCAGGUGAUGGCGAUAUUGAGAAUCCUGAUAAGAUCCGAGGAGCUGGAGGCAAUGUCUGUGAGCACCCCCAAGACAUCGAAUGCAGGGCUGUAGACUACCCUGAGCUGAGCCUGUCUCUCCUUGGACAGAACUUGCAGUGCAACACUGGUGUCGGGCUCCUCUGUAAGAAUGAGGAGCAGACCGGGAAGUUCAAGAUGUGCUAUGACUAUGAGGUCAGGUUCCUCUGCUGCGACUACAAGCACUGCCAAACAAGCACAACGCCACUGGGUGUAACAACUACCGCCACCACAGAAACACCAAGCAGCACUCCGGGCAAGACCACACCUCCAGCAUCCUCCACAGGCUCCACGCCACCUCCUCUUGUAUCCACCACCACCCAGAGCACCACAGUUCUUUCCACAACUCCAGGAGUAACAAGCGGAAAGCCAGUGACCACCACCCUUUCAACUCCCCUUACUACUGUUCUAGUAACAUCACCAGGCGAGCUCAGCACACCUUCUACCACCACCGGAGAGAUCUCCACUGCGACAGCCACAUCUCUCCACUCUACCCCUAUUUCCAAACCAACGUCAAUGAUAACCACCACCGGGACCACUUUACCACCAUCCACGGUCCCUCAGAGCUCUACAACCACUCUGCCACCCCUAGUGUCCACAACACGAGAAGGAAUUUCCACACCACUGGGCCCAACAACUCCCGCCACCACAGAAACACCGGGCAGCACUCCAGGCAAGACCACACCUCCAGCAUCCUCCACAGGCUCCACUCCACCUCCUCUUGUAUCCACCACCACCCAGAGUACCACUGUUCUUUCUACAACUCCAGGAGUAACAAGCGGAAAGCAAACAACCACCACCCUUUCAACUCCCCUUACCACUCUUCUGGUCACAUCACCAGGCGAGCUCAGCACACCUUCUGCCACCACCGGAGAGAUCUCCACUGUGACAGCCACAUCUCUCCAAUCUACCCCUAUUUCCAAACCAACGUCAACAAUACCCACCACCGGGACCACUUUGCAGUCAUCUACAGUGCCUGUUGUCACUACGACUACUCUGCCUCCUGCAGUUUCCACUACGCCAGAAAGCACCUCUACCUUUUGCCAGCCCAACUGCCAAUGGACCUCUUGGUAUAGUGAGCACAAUCCAAGUUCCAGUCCAGGUGAUGGCGAUAUUGAGAAUCCUGAUAAGAUCCGAGGAGCCGGAGGCAAUGUCUGUGAGCACCCCCAAGACAUCGAAUGCAGGGCCGUAGACUACCCUGAGCUGAGCCUGUCUCUCCUUGGACAGAACUUGCAGUGCAACACUGGUGUCGGACUCCUCUGCAAGAAUAAGGAGCAGACAGGGAAGUUCAAGAUGUGCUAUGACUAUGAGGUCAGGUUCCUCUGCUGCGACUACAAGCACUGCCAAACAAGCACAACGCCACUGGGUGUAACAACUACCGCCACCACAGAAACACCAAGCAGCACUCUGGGCAAGACCACACCUCCAGCAUCCUCUACAGGCUCCACACCACCUCCUCUUGUAUCCACCACCACCCAGAGCACCACAGUUCUUUCCACAACUCCAGGAGUAACAAGCGGAAAGCCAGUGACCACCACCCUUUCCACUCCCCUUACUACUGUUCUAGUCACAUCACCAGGCGAGCUCAGCACACCUUCUGCCACCACCAGAGAGAUCUCCACUGUGACAGCCACAUCUCUCCACUCUACCCCUAUUUCCAAACCAACGUCAAUGAUAACCACCACCGGGACCACUUUACCACCAUCCACGGUCCCUCAGAGCUCUACAACCACUCUGCCACCCCUAGUGUCCACAACACAAGAAGGAAUUUCCACACCACUGGGCCCAACAACUCCCGCCACCACAGAAACACCGGGCAGCACUCCAGGCAAGACCACACCUCCAGCAUCCUCCACAGGCUCCACUCCACCUCCUCUUGUAUCCACCACCACCCAGAGUACCACAGUUCUUUCUACAACUCCAGGAGUAACAAGCGGAAAGCAAACAACCACCACCCUUUCAACUCCCCUUACCACUCUUCUGGUCACAUCACCAGGCGAGCUCAGCACACCCUCUGCCACCACCGGAGAGAUCUCCACUGUGACAGCCACAUCUCUCCAAUCUACCCCUAUUUCCAAACCAACGUCAACAAUACCCACCACCGGGACCACUUUGCAGUCAUCUACAGUGCCUGUUGUCACUACGACUACUCUGCCUCCUGCAGUUUCCACUACGGAAGAAAGCACCUCUACCAUUUGCCAGCCCAACUGCCACUGGACCUCUUGGUAUAGUGAGCACAAUCCAAGUUCCAGUCCAGGUGAUGGCGAUAUUGAGAAUCCUGAUAAGAUCCGAGGAGCCGGAGGCAAUGUCUGUGAGCACCCCGAAGACAUCGAAUGCAGGGCCGUAGACUACCCUGAGCUGAGCCUGUCUCUCCUUGGACAGAACUUGCAGUGCAACACUGGUGUCGGACUCCUCUGCAAGAAUAAGGAGCAGACAGGGAAGUUCAAGAUGUGCUAUGACUAUGAGGUCAGGUUCCUCUGCUGCGACUACAAGCACUGCCAAACAAGCACAACGCCACUGGGUGUAACAACUACCGCCACCACAGAAACACCAAGCAGCACUCCGGGCAAGACCACACCUCCAGCAUCCUCCACAGGCUCCACACCACCUCCUCUUGUAUCCACCACCACCCAGAGCACCACAGUUCUUUCCACAACUCCAGGAGUAACAAGCGGAAAGCCAGUGACCACGACCCUUUCAACUCCCCUUACUACUGUUCUAGUCACAUCACCAGGCGAGCUCAGCACACCUUCUGCCACCACUGGAGAGAUCUCCACUGUGACAGCCACAUCUCUCCAAUCUACCCCUAUUUCCAAACCAACGUCAACAAUACCCACCACCGGGACCACUUUGCAGUCAUCUACAGUGCCUGUUGUCACUACGACUACUCUGCCUCCUGCAGUUUCCACUACGCCAGAAAGCACCUCUACCUUUUGCCAGCCGAACUGCCACUGGACCUCUUGGUAUAGUGAGCACAAUCCAAGUUCCAGUCCAGGUGAUGGCGAUAUUGAGAACCCUGAUAAGAUCCGAGGAGCCGGAGGCAAUGUCUGUGAGCACCCCGAAGACAUCGAAUGCAGGGCCGUAGACUACCCUGAGCUGAGCCUGUCUCUCCUUGGACAGAACUUGCAGUGCAACACUGGUGUCGGACUCCUCUGCAAGAAUAAGGAGCAGACAGGGAAGUUCAAGAUGUGCUAUGAUUAUGAGGUCAGGUUCCUCUGCUGCGACUACAAGCACUGCCAAACAAGCACAACGCCACUAGGUAUAACAACUACCGCCACCACAGAAACACCAAGCAGCACUCCGGGCAAGACCACACCUCCAGCAUCCUCCACAGGCUCCACGCCACCUCCUCUUGCAUCCACCACCACCCAGAGCACCACAGUUCUUUCCACAACUCCAGGAGUAACAAGCGGAAAGCCAGUGACCACCACCCUUUCAACUCCCCUUACUACUGUUCUAGUCACAUCACCAGGCGAGCUCAGCACACCUUCUGCCACCACCGGAGAGAUCUCCACUGUGACAGCCACAUCUCUCCACUCUACCCCUAUUUCCAAACCAACAUCAAUGAUAACCACCACCGGGACCACUUUACCACCAUCCACGGUCCCUCAGAGCUCUACAACCACUCUGCCACCCCUAGUGUCCACAACGCGAGAAGGAAUUUCCACACCACUGGGCCCAACAACUCCCGCCACCACAGAAACACCGGGCAGCACUCCAGGCAACACCACACCUCCAUCAUCCUCCACAGGCUCCACUCCACCUCCUCUUGUAUCCACCACCACCCAGAGCACCACAGUUCUUUCCACAACUCCAGGAGUAACAAGCGGAAAGCAAACAACCACCACCCUUUCAACUCCCCAUACCACUCUUCUGGUCACAUCACCAGGCAAGCUCAGCACACCUUCUGCCACCACCGGAGAGAUCUCCACUGUGACAGCCACAUCUCUCCAAUCUACCCCUAUUUCCAAACCAACGUCAACAAUACCCACCACCGGGACCACUUUGCAGUCAUCUACAGUGCCUGUUGUCACUACGACUACUCUGCCUCCUGCAGUUUCCACUACGCCAGAAAGCACCUCUACCAUUUGCCAGCCCAACUGCCAAUGGACCUCUUGGUAUAGUGAGCACAAUCCAAGUUCCAGUCCAGGUGAUGGCGAUAUUGAGAAUCCUGAUAAGAUCCGAGGAGCCGGAGGCAAUGUCUGUGAGCACCCCCAAGACAUCGAAUGCAGGGCCGUAGACUACCCUGAGCUGAGCCUGUCUCUCCUUGGACAGAACUUGCAGUGCAACACUGGUGUCGGACUCCUCUGCAAGAAUAAGGAGCAGACAGGGAAGUUCAAGAUGUGCUAUGACUAUGAGGUCAGGUUCCUCUGCUGCGACUACAAGCACUGCCAAACAAGCACAACGCCACUGGGUGUAACAACUACCGCCACCACAGAAACACCAAGCAGCACUCCGGGCAAGACCUCACCUCCAGCAUCCUCCACAGGCUCCACGCCACCUCCUCUUGUAUCCACCACCACCCAGAGCACCACAGUUCUUUCCACAACUCCAGGAGUAACAAGCGGAAAGCCAGUGACCACCACCCUUUCAACUCCCCUUACUACUGUUCUAGUCACAUCACCAGGCGAGCUCAGCACACCUUCUGCCACCACCGGAGAGAUCUCCACUGUGACAGCCACAUCUCUCCACUCUACCCCUAUUUCCAAACCAACAUCAAUGAUAACCACCACCGGGACCACUUUACCACCAUCCACGGUCCCUCAGAGCUCUACAACCACUCUGCCACCCCUAGUGUCCACAACGCGAGAAGGAAUUUCCACACCACUGGGCCCAACAACUCCCGCCACCACAGAAACACCGGGCAGCACUCCAGGCAACACCACACCUCCAGCAUCCUCCACAGGCUCCACUCCACCUCCUCUUGUAUCCACCACCACCCAGAGCACCACAGUUCUUUCCACAACUCCAGGAGUAACAAGCGGAAAGCAAACGACCACCAUCCUUUCAACUCCCCUUACCACUCUUCUGGUCACAUCACCAGGCGAGCUCAGCACACCCUCUGCCACCACCGGAGAGAUCUCCACUGUGACAUCCACAUCUCUCCAAUCUACCCCUUUUUCCAAACCAACGUCAACAAUACCCACCACCGGGACCACUUUGCAGUCAUCUACAGUGCCUGUUGUCACUGCGACUACUCUGCCUCCUGCAGUUUCCACUACGCCAGAAAGCACCUCUACCAUCUGCCAGCCCAAAUGCCAAUGGACCUCUUGGUAUAGUGAGCACAAUCCAAGUUCCAGUCCAGGUGAUGGCGAUAUUGAGAAUCCUGAUAAGAUCCGAGGAGCCGGAGGCAAUGUCUGUGAGCACCCCGAAGACAUCGAAUGCAGGGCCGUAGACUACCCUGAGCUGAGCCUGUCUCUCCUUGGACAGAACUUGCAGUGCAACACUGGUGUCGGACUCCUCUGCAAGAAUAAGGAGCAGACAGGGAAGUUCAAGAUGUGCUAUGACUAUGAGGUCAGGUUCCUCUGCUGCGACUACAAGCACUGCCAAACAAGCACAACGCCACUGGGUGUAACAACUACCGCCACCACAGAAACACCAAGCAGCACUCCGGGCAAGACCACACCUCCAGCAUCCUCCACAGGCUCCACGCCACCUCCUCUUGUAUCCACCACCACCCAGAGCACCACAGUUCUUUCCACAACUCCAGGAGUAACAAGCGGAAAGCCAGUGACCACCACCCUUUCAACUCCCCUUACUACUGUUCUAGUCACAUCACCAGGCGAGCUCAGCACACCUUCUGCCACCACCGGAGAGAUCUCCACUGUGACAGCCACAUCUCUCCACUCUACCCCUAUUUCCAAACCAACGUCAAUGAUAACCACCACCGGGACCACUUUACCACCAUCCACGGUCCCUCAGAGCUCUACAACCACUCUGCCACCCCUAGUGUCCACAACGCGAGAAGGAAUUUCCACACCACUGGGCCCAACAACUCCCGCCACCACAGAAACACCGGGCAGCACUCCAGGCAACACCACACCUCCAUCAUCCUCCACAGGCUCCACUCCACCUCCUCUUGUAUCCACCACCACCCAGAGUACCACUGUUCUUUCUACAACUCCAGGAGUAACAAGCGGAAAGCAAACAACCACCACCCUUUCAACUCCCCAUACCACUCUUCUGGUCACAUCACCAGGCAAGCUCAGCACACCUUCUGCCACCACCGGAGAGAUCUCCACUGUGACAGCCACAUCUCUCCAAUCUACCCCUAUUUCCAAACCAACGUCAACAAUACCCACCACCGGGACCACUUUGCAGUCAUCUACAGUGCCUGUUGUCACUACGACUACUCUGCCUCCUGCAGUUUCCACUACGCCAGAAAGCACCUCUACCUUUUGCCAGCCGAACUGCCACUGGACCUCUUGGUAUAGUGAGCACAAUCCAAGUUCCAGUCCAGGUGAUGGCGAUAUUGAGAAUCCUGAUAAGAUCCGAGGAGCCGGAGGCAAUGUCUGUGAGCACCCCCAAGACAUCGAAUGCAGGGCCGUAGACUACCCUGAGCUGAGCCUGUCUCUCCUUGGACAGAACUUGCAGUGCAACACUGGUGUCGGACUCCUCUGCAAGAAUAAGGAGCAGACAGGGAAGUUCAAGAUGUGCUAUGAUUAUGAGGUCAGGUUCCUCUGCUGCGACUACAAGCACUGCCAAACAAGCACAACGCCACUAGGUAUAACAACUACCGCCACCACAGAAACACCAAGCAGCACUCCGGGCAAGACCACACCUCCAGCAUCCUCCACAGGCUCCACACCACCUCCUCUUGCAUCCACCACCACCCAGAGCACCACAGUUCUUUCCACAACUCCAGGAGUAACAAGCGGAAAGCCAGUGACCACCACCCUUUCAACUCCCCUUACUACUGUUCUAGUCACAUCACCAGGCGAGCUCAGCACACCUUCUGCCACCACCGGAGAGAUCUCCACUGUGACAGCCACAUCUCUCCACUCUACCCCUAUUUCCAAACCAACGUCAAUGAUAACCACCACCGGGACCACUUUACCACCAUCCACGGUCCCUCAGAGCUCUACAACCACUCUGCCACCCCUAGUGUCCACAACGCGAGAAGGAAUUUCCACACCACUGGGCCCAACAACUCCCGCCACCACAGAAACACCGGGCAGCACUCCAGGCAACACCACACCUCCAUCAUCCUCCACAGGCUCCACUCCACCUCCUCUUGUAUCCACCACCACCCAGAGUACCACUGUUCUUUCUACAACUCCAGGAGUAACAAGCGGAAAGCAAACAACCACCACCCUUUCAACUCCCCAUACCACUCUUCUGGUCACAUCACCAGGCAAGCUCAGCACACCUUCUGCCACCACCGGAGAGAUCUCCACUGUGACAGCCACAUCUCUCCAAUCUACCCCUAUUUCCAAACCAACGUCAACAAUACCCACCACCGGGACCACUUUGCAGUCAUCUACAGUGCCUGUUGUCACUACGACUACUCUGCCUCCUGCAGUUUCCACUACGCCAGAAAGCACCUCUACCUUUUGCCAGCCGAACUGCCACUGGACCUCUUGGUAUAGUGAGCACAAUCCAAGUUCCAGUCCAGGUGAUGGCGAUAUUGAGAAUCCUGAUAAGAUCCGAGGAGCCGGAGGCAAUGUCUGUGAGCACCCCCAAGACAUCGAAUGCAGGGCCGUAGACUACCCUGAGCUGAGCCUGUCUCUCCUUGGACAGAACUUGCAGUGCAACACUGGUGUCGGACUCCUCUGCAAGAAUAAGGAGCAGACAGGGAAGUUCAAGAUGUGCUAUGAUUAUGAGGUCAGGUUCCUCUGCUGCGACUACAAGCACUGCCAAACAAGCACAACGCCACUAGGUAUAACAACUACCGCCACCACAGAAACACCAAGCAGCACUCCGGGCAAGACCACACCUCCAGCAUCCUCCACAGGCUCCACACCACCUCCUCUUGCAUCCACCACCACCCAGAGCACCACAGUUCUUUCCACAACUCCAGGAGUAACAAGCGGAAAGCCAGUGACCACCACCCUUUCAACUCCCCUUACUACUGUUCUAGUCACAUCACCAGGCGAGCUCAGCACACCUUCUGCCACCACCGGAGAGAUCUCCACUGUGACAGCCACAUCUCUCCACUCUACCCCUAUUUCCAAACCAACAUCAAUGAUAACCACCACCGGGACCACUUUACCACCAUCCACGGUCCCUCAGAGCUCUACAACCACUCUGCCACCCCUAGUGUCCACAACGCGAGAAGGAAUUUCCACACCACUGGGCCCAACAACUCCCGCCACCACAGAAACACCGGGCAGCACUCCAGGCAACACCACACCUCCAGCAUCCUCCACAGGCUCCACUCCACCUCCUCUUGUAUCCACCACCACCCAGAGCACCACAGUUCUUUCCACAACUCCAGGAGUAACAAGCGGAAAGCAAACAACCACCACCCUUUCAACUCCCCAUACUACUCUUCUGGUCACAUCACCAGGCAAGCUCAGCACACCUUCUGCCACCACCGGAGAGAUCUCCACUGUGACAGCCACAUCUCUCCAAUCUACCCCUAUUUCCAAACCAACGUCAACAAUACCCACCACCGGGACCACUUUGCAGUCAUCUACAGUGCCUGUUGUCACUACGACUACUCUGUCUCCUGCAGUUUCCACUACGCCAGAAAGCACCUCUACCAUUUGCCAGCCGAACUGCCAAUGGACCUCUUGGUAUAGUGAGCACAAUCCAAGUUCCAGUCCAGGUGAUGGCGAUAUUGAGAAUCCUGAUAAGAUCCGAGGAGCCGGAGGCAAUGUCUGUGAGCACCCCCAAGACAUCGAAUGCAGGGCCGUAGACUACCCUGAGCUGAGCCUGUCUCUCCUUGGACAGAACUUGCAGUGCAACACUGGUGUCGGACUCCUCUGCAAGAAUAAGGAGCAGACAGGGAAGUUCAAGAUGUGCUAUGACUAUGAGGUCAGGUUCCUCUGCUGCGACUACAAGCACUGCCAAACAAGCACAACGCCACUGGGUGUAACAACUACCGCCACCACAGAAACACCAAGCAGCACUCCGGGCAAGACCUCACCUCCAGCAUCCUCCACAGGCUCCACGCCACCUCCUCUUGUAUCCACCACCACCCAGAGCACCACAGUUCUUUCCACAACUCCAGGAGUAACAAGCGGAAAGCCAGUGACCACCACCCUUUCAACUCCCCUUACUACUGUUCUAGUCACAUCACCAGGCGAGCUCAGCACACCUUCUGCCACCACCGGAGAGAUCUCCACUGUGACAGCCACAUCUCUCCACUCUACCCCUAUUUCCAAACCAACAUCAAUGAUAACCACCACCGGGACCACUUUACCACCAUCCACGGUCCCUCAGAGCUCUACAACCACUCUGCCACCCCUAGUGUCCACAACGCGAGAAGGAAUUUCCACACCACUGGGCCCAACAACUCCCGCCACCACAGAAACACCGGGCAGCACUCCAGGCAACACCACACCUCCAGCAUCCUCCACAGGCUCCACUCCACCUCCUCUUGUAUCCACCACCACCCAGAGCACCACAGUUCUUUCCACAACUCCAGGAGUAACGAGCGGAAAGCAAACGACCACCAUCCUUUCAACUCCCCUUACCACUCUUCUGGUCACAUCACCAGGCGAGCUCAGCACACCCUCUGCCACCACCGGAGAGAUCUCCACUGUGACAUCCACAUCUCUCCAAUCUACCCCUUUUUCCAAACCAACGUCAACAAUACCCACCACCGGGACCACUUUGCAGUCAUCUACAGUGCCUGUUGUCACUGCGACUACUCUGCCUCCUGCAGUUUCCACUACGCCAGAAAGCACCUCUACCAUCUGCCAGCCCAAAUGCCAAUGGACCUCUUGGUAUAGUGAGCACAAUCCAAGUUCCAGUCCAGGUGAUGGCGAUAUUGAGAAUCCUGAUAAGAUCCGAGGAGCCGGAGGCAAUGUCUGUGAGCACCCCGAAGACAUCGAAUGCAGGGCCGUAGACUACCCUGAGCUGAGCCUGUCUCUCCUUGGACAGAACUUGCAGUGCAACACUGGUGUCGGACUCCUCUGCAAGAAUAAGGAGCAGACAGGGAAGUUCAAGAUGUGCUAUGACUAUGAGGUCAGGUUCCUCUGCUGCGACUACAAGCACUGCCAAACAAGCACAACGCCACUGGGUGUAACAACUACCGCCACCACAGAAACACCAAGCAGCACUCCGGGCAAGACCACACCUCCAGCAUCCUCCACAGGCUCCAAACCACCUCCUCUUGUAUCCACCACCACCCAGAGCACCACAGUUCUUUCCACAACUCCAGGAGUAACAAGCGAGCUCAGCACACCUUCUGCCACCACCAGAGAGAUCUCCACUGUGACAGCCACAUCUCUCCACUCUACCCCUAUUUCCAAACCAACUGAGCACAAUCCAAGUUCCACGUCAAGUACUUCCAUAGGUUCUACAAUAGGAUCUCCAACUGUUCCUUUAAGCAGAACAACUCCGUGUUUCUGCCAUGUGUCUGGAGCUACUGGGGGGUUGUUUUCUCCUGGGGAAGUAAUAUACAAUAGAACUGAUAGUUCUGGAUGCAGUUUUUAUGCACUUUGCAACAAAAACUGUGAAAUUGAAAGGUUCCAGGAACCAUGUCCUUCAACAACUUCCCAUCCAUCAACUCCAUCAGUUACAACUGCAGGAACAUCAUUGUCUCCAUCCGUCUCCAAACCCACUGUUAUUGUUCCAUCAACUGCACUAUACACUACCACAGCGAUACCAACUCACCAAAUAAUAAUUCCAACUCCUGUACCAGGUUGCCCUGAUAUUGAUCCACCUAGAAAGACCAAUGAAACGUGGAUGUUAAACAACUGCACUAUGGCAACUUGCGAAGGAAACAACAAAAUUGUUGUGGUGCCUGAAAUACCUGUAGAAAAACCAGAAUGUGUGAGUGGACUCCCGCCGAUAAAAAUAGUAGAUAAAGAUGGCUGUACCGAACGCUAUGAGUGUGAAUGUAUUUGCACCGGUUGGGACAACUCUAACUAUGAGACAUUUGGUGGCACUUAUUACACUUUCCAGGAUAACUGCACUUACAUCCUGGUAAAAGAGAUUUUGAAUAAACAUGGAAACUUCAGUGUUUUGGUUGACAACUAUUUCUGUGAUGCAGAUAAUAAUCAAUCCUGUUCCAGAUCCAUCAUUGUAAAUUACAACUCAAUGGAAGUUGUGUUAAGCAGUCAAAUGCAUGAAGGAGUGAGAAUUAACAAGGUUCUUUUCAACAAUGAACCAGUCAGUGGAGGUUUCACCAAAGAUGGCAUUUCGGUUACUAGUGCUGGUACUGUAAUGACUGUUGAAAUUGCUGCCAUCCAUGCCUUUAUAUCCUUCAAUGGGCUCACCUUCUUGGUACAACUUCCAUUUAGCCUAUUUCAACACAACACAGAGGGGCAGUGUGGGAUUUGUUCAAAUGACAGGUCAGAUGAUUGCCGCCUGCCCAAUGGUCAUAAUGCUUCCUCUUGUUCAGAAAUGGCUUCCUACUGGAAGGUUUAUGAUAAGAAUAAGCCCUAUUGUCAUGGAGUGACACCAACAGAACCACCACCACAACCACCAACACCCUGCACUACUCCAUCUCCUCUGUGUGAGCUGAUUGUGAGCGAUCUCUUUGCAGAUUGCCAUAAAGUCUUGCCUCCCAGAGAAUUCUAUGAAGCCUGCCUCCUUGAAGCCUGUCGGAAUUCCAAUGAUUCUCUGACUUGCUACAAUGUAGAGAUGUAUGCUUCCCUCUGCACAGCUAAAGGGAUUUGUACUGACUGGAGGAGCAGAACCCAAGGAAAAUGUCCAUACCAUUGCCCCAAAGACAAGGUGUACGAUGCCUGUGGCCCUAUUCAUCCUGCCACCUGUGAUAAUGGACAAACCCAGGAUACUAGCGAGCAUGUCGCUGAAGGUUGCUUCUGCCCUAAGGACAAAAUCCUAUUCAAUUCAUACACUGACAUAUGUGUUGAAGAAUGUGGUUGCGUGGGACCAGAUGGAUUGCCCAAACUGCCUGGUACCAAAUGGAAGAGCAACUGUCAAGAGUGUAUCUGUGACCCAUUGUCUGUGAGUGUACAAUGUAAGCCACAGGCCUGUGAGACAUCAGGAACACCCAAAUGUGAGAAAGAAGGGUUCGUGGCUGUCCCUGUGCUGACACUGGAAGAUCCAUGCUGUCCAGAAAUGCAAUGCAAAUGCAAUACCAGUGCCUGCCCCAACCAAAACAAAACUUGUGAACCUGGAUACAAGUCAGUCCUUUUUGAAGGAGACUGCUGUGUCAAGUGUGAACGAGUCCCAGAUAUCUGUGUGGUCAAUGGAACAGUUUACAGGCCUGGAAUGCCAGUUCCUAGUAAGCCUUGUGAAACAUGCAUCUGUGGUUCUGAACAGGACCCAGCCACCCAGAGAAAUCUUGUUGAAUGUAAACCAGUUACAUGUGAUACAGAAUGCCCAAUGGGUUACGAGUACCAGGUAGAGGCUGGAGAGUGUUGUGGAAAGUGUGUCCAAGUGGCCUGCAUAAUCAGCAUUAAUCACACCACUGAAAUUCUCAAGCCUGGUGAGAUUUGGCAACCAGAAGGCAAUAAGUGCAGACAAUAUGAAUGUGAGCAAAAUAAUAAUACAUUCAUUUCGGUCCAUCUUAAAAGAAAAUGCCCUAUCUUUGACCCUACGGAAUGUGAAUCUAAUGAAACUGAACUGACUCCUGAUGGCUGCUGUGAAACAUGUAAACCUAAAACAAAUGUCUGCAACGUCCACAAGAACCAAACUCUUAUUCGUCAGAAUGAAUGCAUAUCUUCUGAAAUCGUAGAAUUGACCUAUUGUGAAGGGGCUUGUCCAAGUUCUUCAGUGUAUUCCAAUGAGGCAAAGGCAAUGCAGCACAAGUGUACCUGCUGCCAGGAGCUCAAGAGCCACAGGAGAAAGGUGACAUUGACCUGCCAGGAUGGCAAAAGCAUCAAUUAUGACUACAUCUAUGUGGAUGAGUGUCAGUGCAUGACUGCAUGCAUCCCAGAAGUCACAGUUUAGCUAGGGGAAGAGAAGAAAAAGUAGAAUUUGGAUUUGUCCUUCAAUAAAGAACCCAACAAAGCAGCUGAAAUCAGUCACCAUCUGAAUGCUACUUCAUGUCUCUCGCUGUGUCCCUGAAACAGUCAAUGGUAGUCUUCUACCUAACCACAUUAAUGUUCAUUUUCCUGUAUCAGAAUUUAUAGUCAUUCUGGCUGGUUCCAAAAAUGAGUGCAUUCAGGAAACCCUCCAAGGAUUCCUAUAAAUAUAAUAAAAUGAUAGUGAUGUAUAACAUUGUAAUGUAAAAAACUAAACUCUUAUGCUUUCAUUUUUCUGUGUACUGCUGUUUAUUUUUGGCAACAAUCUUUUAAUUUACUGUGCAUCAGUUUUUGUAUAGUAUUGGCAGGCAUGUGAUUGUGAUAAAGAUAAAGCU